AUGAAACAAGUAAGAUCAGAGGAGAGGAAUUUAAGCAGAGUUACAAAAACUGACAGUGUGUGUUGCAAGUCAGCUUUGCUGCUGUCUAUCGCGUGCUGUAUUGCACUUAUUCACGUAGAACUUCAAAUACAAGAACAUAAUCGCCUAUUUUCACACUCACUGGCUCGCUCUGGUCAAAUGGAAACGGAAAUCUUUCGAGUUCAACAGAAAAAUGAAAGAUGGAGAAUAACCGAAAGCCGCCAUUCAGAUUUGGGACAAGAGACGGAAGGUGAGUACUGGAAAAUACGAGAGCAAAGAUAGCUGGCUUUUUGCCAGGAACAAAGUGAAUCGUUUUAGGCCUAACGAUAAGCAGUAUUAUAAGCUGUAACGCUUGUUACGUUGGCAAAACAAACCGACACUUUUCCACGCGCGUGCAUGUCAUCGGACAGAUCGUCUCACGGAGUCUAGGUACAUUAAGUGGGAAAAGCCUCACCUUAAUCAACAGGUGAAACACAUCAAUCUGACGCUUUCUCUAUAGUUGCGUGCACGCGCAUCUAUUAAUUUUGUUAACUUUAAAUUUAUGUAGCGUAUUGAUUUCCAACGCUAAUUAUAAAAUAACUGAGAUAGUACGCGCGUUCUGAUUGGUUAAAAACCUAUAGUUUUUAUUGCGCUGGUAAACUCAUAUAAAACCUCAAGUUAUUUUAUAAAAGCAAUAGACCACACUUUCUAUGGGUCAACCGGCGUGAUAACCCACUUGGGAUGUUGGGAGAACACUCGAAAAGCUUGUAAAUCACGAGUCGAAUUAACUCGUGUUGUCCCAACAUCCCGCGUGGGUUAUCACGCCGGUAAACCCAUAGAAAUUGUGGUCUAUUGCUUAAGUAACGUAUACUGUACAUUGUAACAGGCAUGUUUUAAAAGCUGUAAACUUUCAUAACCGUCACACUGACGAUGACGGAUGUACCGUCGAAACAUGUUUGUUAAAAUUAAAAAAAUCGUACUAUUUUUUAUAAUUUUUUGCUGCUGUCACGAUCAUUUGGAGCAGUUAUUAAAUAUCUCCUUUCAAAAGCAUUGUUUUUUUAAUCAAACACAAAGGUCAAGCAAAAAAGAGGAGAUAGAGAUCAGAGAUAAAACGUUUUUGUAAAUUGUACUCUAAGUAUAGAUAGGCUCUUCUUGCCCACUCAGGCAGCUAACCAAGACAGAGAAUUAGUUUGGUCCUUCCGGGUCGCCGACCCUGCCAUAGUGAACAUCAAUUCUUUUAUUGGCAUUUGCGUCACUGGUUGUUACUGAAGUUUUUUCAAUAAACACGGUUUGUGAUCUAAUUUCUCUCAUAAGGUCAGGAAAGUUCGUCACGACAAAAACGGGCUUCAUCAGAUGACUCACAAGCGAAACCGGUCAAAACAGCUUCUGAUGUAAAACUGCUCAUUAAAGAAGAACUUCGUCUGCUGCAGAAUCAAAUCUGUGCCAAGGAUGAAAAGCUCUGUCGUCCAGGACCAAAAGGUAACACUGGAAGACGGGGAAGACGAGGACCCAUAGGUAUACCGGGCCCCCGAGGGAGACCUGGGCCAGAAGGAUCACCUGGUAAACAUGGACCAAUAGGACCAAAGGGACCAACGGGUAUAAAGGGGGAUCGCGGACUGCAAGGUCUGCCAGGACCCCCCGGCCCCAGAGGUCCGCCUGGUGAGAAAGGCGCACCGGGACAAUCCAUAUAGGCUCCCUCCCUGUUACAGCAGCCUGUUCAAACGACAGUCAAUGAAAGUCAGACAGCCAUCUUGAAAUGUACAGCAAAUGGAAAUCCACCUCCCAAGGUCACAUGGUAUAAGGCUAACUCAUCACUUCCCGUCGGGCGUCACGUGGUAGAGUCCAGUGGUGCUCUAAUUCUUCAGGAUGUUAGACCAGGAGACGAGGGCCAAUACACCUGCAAAGCUGAAAAUUUGCUGGGAAACAUCAACGCCAGCGCGGAGCUAAAAGUGCAGUGUAAGUUGCGUCUUUUUCUUCAAAACUUUUUUAAAAAAGAUGUCCCCCUUCUUAAUGCUUUUUCUGAAAUGUUUCUAUGAGUAUUUUAACGGACACCUAGAGUUGGUCCUUCACCCUCCUCUUCAGUUAUUUCCUUUGACCAUCUUUAUAACUUGCACGCCUCCUUAAAAUGACAAUUAGUAUUGGUCGCAGCGGUGUUCACUGUAUCAAUAGUUUGCUUGCAGAAUGAAAUUUAUGUACUAUUUCUUGCCAGUUCCUCCUUCUAUUGUAUUGUCAUCAAAUCGCCUGAUGGUUGAAGAGAGACAAAACGUCACUAUUGCCUGCAUUGCUACUGGUCAGCCACAACCCGAGAUCACGUGGUCAAAAUUGGGAGGAACAUGGCCAAAAGGAGGAAAUGAAGUGACGAAUAGAACCUUAAUAAUCUACAAUGUGGCAAAGAUGGAUGCUGGUACAUACAGCUGCAAAGCAGAGAAUAUUGUAGGAUCAGCAAAAGACACAGUUCAACUCGUCAUAUUCUCUCCCCUGCGAUUCAAAGAAAGACCUCCUAAAACUUUGAUUCCUGUGGUUGGUUCCACCGUUCGUCUACCGUGCCUGGCCGAGAGUGACCUAAAACCUACCCUCACUUGGACAAAGGAUGGCUCUUCGCUUCCUGUUGGUUCAAGGAUUCUUCAAAACAACACUCUAGUUCUUGGCAGCAUAAAAAAAUCACACAAAGGAUCUUACACCUGCAGAGCGAGUAAUCCUUUGACAACAAUAGAAGCCAAAGUCAAAAUCAAUUCUGCAGUAAGUGCGGCUUCCUGUUCUGUGAUAAGAAAACACGUCAGCAGUGUAAGCGGAAAUUACGUCAUUGAUCCAGAUGGUGAGGGAGGUCUGGCACCAUUCACCGUUUAUUGUGACAUGACGGCUAAAAAUGGAAUUGGCGUGACAGUCAUCAGUCACGACAGUGAAAGUAGAACAUCGGUGAAAGGAUAUGAAAGUAUUGGUGCUUACUCACGAAAUGUUCGAUACAAAGGAGCGAGUGUAUCUCAGCUGGCGAGUCUCACUAGAGUUUCCUCGCACUGUGAACAGUUUGUCAAGUAUGACUGUUAUGCUUCGGUUCUGCUUUACAAUAACGAUCCACGUGGAUGGUGGGUGUCACGUGAUUCUACCAAAAUGAGAUACUGGGGCGGAGCAUCUGACAAUGGUAAGUGCGCAUGCGGGAUGACUAAGUCGUGUGCAAAUCCCAGUUAUGGCUGUAACUGUGACAAGAAUGACUAUGUAUGGCGUGAAGACAGCGGUCUCCUCACUGACAAGACCAAGCUUCCUGUAAUACAGCUCAGGUUUGGCGAUACUGGCGGCGGGGCCGAACAAGGUUACCAUACACUUGGAAAACUUAAGUGUUUUGGAACAGUAUAG